UUUAGUUAAUUCCUGAAAUCCGAUUGAAUCGGUUGUGCAGUUAAAGAGCGUAUCAAAUUAUAAAUUUAAAACAUACAAGUAUCUCUUUUGCCAAACGGUUUUCGUUUGUCGACGUACAAUCAUUUGGAAAAAGUAUUGUAAAUAUUGUUAAAACUAAAAAUCAUGUAUGGUAAUACUGGAAAGAGCCACGAGCUAACGCUCAAGAAAGGUGGAUCGUAUAUUAUGGAGAACAAGAAUUCAAAUGAUGCGAAAAAUGCGUUGAUUAUAUUUUCAUUGGAAAAAGAUUCGGAUUCGGGCGCAUUGGCAAAAUCAUUGAAAAUAUUCAAUGAUAAAAAUGUGAAUUUAGUUCAUAUUGAAUCACGUUCGUCAGCACGUAAACCAGGCUACGAAUUUCUUGUCGAAUGUGACAGUACAACGGGUAAUUUGGGCGAUGCCAUCGAAGAACUCAAGGCGACCACAAAUUAUUUGAGUGUCAUUUCACGAGAUUACAAUGAUAAUACAACGGCUGUACCAUGGUUUCCACGGCGUAUUCGCGAAUUGGAUCGUUUUGCCAAUCAAAUUCUAUCUUACGGUGCGGAACUUGACUCUGAUCAUCCCGGAUUCACAGAUCAAACAUAUCGUGAGCGAAGAAAAUAUUUUGCUGAUAUUGCAUUCAAUUAUAAACACGGUGAAAAAUUACCGCAUGUGAAUUAUACAGAAGAGGAGAUAAGAACGUGGGGCAUUGUUUUCAAUAAUUUAACUAAAUUAUAUAAGACGCACGCUUGCCGAGAGCAUAAUCACGUUUUUCCAUUGCUUAUCGAUAAUUGCGGUUAUCGCGAAGACAACAUUCCACAAUUGGAAGAUGUUUCAAACUUCCUCAAAGAUUGUACCGGUUUUACGUUGCGACCUGUAGCCGGUUUGUUGUCGUCGCGAGAUUUUUUGGCCGGUUUGGCAUUCCGUGUAUUUCAUUCAACGCAGUACAUUCGACAUCCAAGCAAGCCAUUGUAUACACCCGAACCAGAUGUAUGUCAUGAAUUGUUGGGUCAUGCUCCAUUAUUUGCUGAUCCAGCGUUUGCACAAUUCUCCCAAGAAAUUGGAUUGGCUUCGUUGGGAGCACCCGAUGAUUAUAUUGAACGUUUAGCAACGUGCUUCUGGUUUACGGUUGAGUAUGGUUUGUGUCGCCAAGAUGGUGAAGUCAAAGCCUAUGGCGCCGGUUUGCUAUCAUCAUUCGGUGAAUUGGAAUAUUGUUUAACCGACAAACCGGAACUGAGAGAAUUCGAACCGAGUAAAACCGGCGAACAAAAGUAUCCGAUUACCGAAUACCAACCAGUUUAUUUUGUUUCGGACAGUUUUGAGGAUGCCAAAGAAAAAAUGAUAAAAUAUGCAAACACCAUACCCCGACCAUUUGGCGUCCGUUAUAAUGCGUACACGCAAAGCAUCGAAGUGCUCGAUUCAAAACAUCAAUUGGAACAAUUGAUGCAAGAGUUAAGCACGGAAUUUCAAACGCUUCACAAUGCAUUCAAAGUACUACAAGGUUAAAUCGAUAUAAACCAUUCUUCUUCUAUUUAAAUUUUAUCAAAUCAAUGAACUUAUCUAUCUAUACUUCAGUGAGCAACAAAAUUAAUGUUACUUUUAUUAUUUUUUCGAAAAUAAUUUAUUCAAUUAAAAAAUGUCUGUGUACAUCCCACAAAAGCAUAACAUUAUAUUGAAAGGACAACGUACAAAAUUAAUUGUUUUUUUUUUUUUGUACAUAAAUAUAUAAUUCACUCAGCACUGACGUCUGAGAGGAUAAAAUACAAAAUUAAUUUUGAUUUAGAGGUAGUAGGUUUCAUACUAAAAGUCGGCUAAAAAGCUUCACAAAUUCCAGUAAAUUUAAAAAAGAAUUGCUCAUAAGACAUGAUUUUUCAGCUUUUUCAAAUAAAAAUAAACUGAAAAACAUUUAGAAGUAGUGAUUAUAUUCCGGUUGAUUCCAUGAUGAAUAGUAUCGCAAGAAAUUAUUAUCUGCAAUUAGAAUAGACAAAAUAAAAAUAAAUCAUAAAUUUCAAUGCAAAAAAUACGCUGUAUAAGGCACUUACUCGCUGAAAAUGCGUGGCGACGUCGAUGUGGAUUAUAUUGUAGCGGACGAUUCUUGCGAACAUUUUUAAUAAUACAACCAGGUGGAAUAGCACGCUAAUGUCAAUAGAAAAUUAUUUUAAAAAUAAAUAAAUAAAAGAAUGAUAUAAUUA